AUUAGUGAAGUUACACAUUCAAAAAGUUGUUCCAAUCAAAUUGAAAUUACCAAACUGAAAAUGAAGUUUUUGUUGUGCGCUUUGUUGAUUGCAUUGGCUUCUGCUCAUGAGCCACCAGGUCUUUUCGAAUAUACUAAGUGUUGCAAAAUUCAAAUAUCAGCAGCUACUACCCAGUUCAUUGAUAGUAUGACGAAGUUGGAAGAUGAGUGCAAACAAGAGCUUGGGGAACCAGAACAAGGAAAACCGCCUAAAUUCGCAUGUUUCCACGAAUGUCUCGGAAAUAAAACCAAUAUGAUCAACGCUGAUGAAAGUUUGAACGAAGAUAAAUAUCGCAGUUUCAUAACCACUCAAAUGGCCACGGAAGAUUACCAAAAAGCCGUAGCUGAUGCAAUCGCCACAAAAUGUAUUGAAAAAGUGAAUUCAGCAGAUGGUUCUGAGGAGAGCCCGGAUGGGUGUAGCGAGACCGCUAUGGAAGCUUUUCACUGCGCUUCAAAAGAGUUGAUCAAUGCAUGUCCAGCUGAUAAGCAAGACAGCGUUGAACAUUGUGUUCACUUCCGUGAGUUUAUCAAUCGCGAUUUCAAAGGGAAAGGACCACAGCCAUCCCCACAAACUGUCUCCAAGUAAACCGGGAAUGACUAAAUAAUUUUACUGGUACAAAAUGAUUUCGAAAAAACUUAUCAUAACAUAGUUAUGUGAUAUAAUAGAGAAAAUGAAUCAAAUCAAAUGAAGUAAUAUAGCACAUGACAUUCAAAACCAGUAAAAAAUCGGAGUUUUUAUUUGAAAAACCAAAUUCUAGCAUUCCAAUUGCACCUAAAUGAUACCACGUGUUGGCAUAAUUUCGCAAGCCAACGUAAAAACGACAAAUCGAACAAU